CUCGCGCUGUAUUUCCCUUCACCAAUCAUUCGUCGACAAGAUCCGUGUCAAUGAUAGCACCUCACGGCCACGACUUCCCUAAAUUGUCCCCUAGCAUCAAAAUCGAAGAAGAAACAGUGCCUGGCUACAGAGAAGAGCGCUUUUAUCCUGUUCGGCUAGGAGAAGUCUUUCACUCACGUUACAAAGUGCUAGCGAAGUUGGGGUUCGGGACGGCUUCCACUGUUUGGCUCUGUCGAGAUCUCGAGCAUGCAACAAGUCAUUUUUGGGUUCUCAAAGUAUGUAUUGCACAAGACGACUCCGCUGAAGUCAACAACGAAUUGCUCGUUUCUCGGCAGCUAGCAGCUGUCGAAGGUGAACAUCCGGGGAGGCAGUGGAUCCGCAUAUGUGACGACGAUUUUCAAAUUGAAAGUGCUCAAGGCGUGCACCAAUGUCUAGUGUUUCGACCUAUGGGAAUGACCUUCACCGAGUUCCGGAACAUGCUACCCGCGAAGGCUUUCGACAAGGAACUGUUACAGCGAACCCUCCAUCUCGUAGCGGUGGCGUUGGAUUUCUUGCACCAAGCGGGUGUGGUGCACACAGAUCUUUCUCCCAACAAUAUCCUGCUUGGUAUUCACGACUCGGCCAUUUUGUCCGACAUCGAAAAGGCCGAAAUCGAAAACCCCUCUCCCCGAAAGGUACUGCCACACCGUGUUAUAUAUACCUCGCAAGGGAUGCCAAUAACCUCUGGCGCAUUGGCCAUCAGCGACUUUGGUGCUGCCAAGAUUGGCGCCAAUCAUAGUGGCGACGUGAUGCCUGCCGUAUACAGGGCUCCAGAAGUCAUUAUGAAUAUGUCGUGGGAUUGCAAGAUUGACACAUGGGCAUUCGGAGUUAUGAUAUGGGACCUUUUUGAGGGUGGUCGACUGUUCAGGGCGAUUAAAGACAAUGUGAUUGACGAUGAGGUGCAUCUCGCUGAGAUGGUGUCGCUUAUGGGACCUCCUCCAAAGGAAUUCUUGCAGCGGAGUCCAGACUGUAGUCGAUACUGGAAUUCUGAAGGACGAUGGAUUGCGGAGACUCCUAUCCCACAACAGUCGCUUGAAACUCGCGAAAGACGACUGGAAGGGAGGGAUAAGAAGAUGCUGCUCACUCUCGUGCGGAAGAUUUUGCGAUGGCUUCCAGAAGAGCGAGCGUCAGCAUAUGACGUGUUCGAGGACGACUUCAUCCUUCAAUAUUUGAGGGAAGACAAGGCUAAGUCGAGAUAAGAAAUAGAUUACGACAGAGCGAUACAUGUGUCCUAGCUACUCUAGGCAGACAUUUGUUCUAUG